AUGACUCAAACUGCUCCAACUCCUUCUCUUGAUUUUAGCAUCAAUGCCGAACAAGUAGAGAAGAUCACUGCUGAUAUCAUCGCUGAGGAGCUUGCCGUCAAUGAUCUCGUUGCUUCCUUGAAGCCUGAGGAGCAAACCUACGAGAAUAUUGUGGUCCGUUUGGCUAGAAUCGAAAAUGAACUCUCAGGUAAGGUUCAACUGGUGAGCUCCUUGAGUCAGAUUUCCCCUGAUGCUGCUGUCCGUGAGGCUUCCGUUGCCGCUGAAACCAAAUACGACCAAUUCAGCAUUGAGCAAAGCAUGCGCCAUGACAUUUACUCUGUUAUUACCAGCUACAUUGCCAAGACGGAUCUCGAUAGUUUGGAUGCCGAGGAUGCUCGUCUUUUGCGUAAAAUGGAACGCAGCUUCCGUCGUAACGGUCUUCAUUUGUCAGAGGAGAAGCGUAACGAGUUCAAGGAGCUCCGCAAGAGACUAAGCGAAGUCUGUAUCGAAUUCAACAAGAACUGGGCUCGUGAAAGCAGCACUAUCAAAUUCACAAAGGAAGAAUUGGAAGGGCUUGACGAUGACUUUUUGGAUGGUCUGAAGACUGAAGAGGAAGACGGUGUUACCAAGUACAUUUUGACCAUGAAGUAUCCUGAUGUUCGUCCUGUUCUCAAAUUAUGUAAGAAUGAAAAUACCCGCAAGGCCCAUGCUACUGCAUACGAAUCUCGCAACAAGGAGAACAUUCCUUUGCUUGAAGAGGCUGUCAAGUUGCGUCGCCAGGCUGCCAAGAUUUUGGGCUACAAAUCUCAUGCUGAUUAUGUCCUCGAAGUCAAGAUGGCCAAGACUGUCAGUGCUGUUGACGAGUUCUUGAAGGAUUUGGCCGACAAAUUGCAUGAACCUGGAUUGAAGGAGAUUGACGAACUCAAGGAGCUCAAAAAGGCUGAAAAAGCUGCCCGCGGCGAAAAGUUUGACGGUAGCUUCAAUGCUUGGGACUCCAGCUAUUACCAACGCAUUCUUCUUGAAAAUGAAUAUUCUGUCGAUCAAGAGCAAAUCAAGCAAUACUUCAGUUUAGAAACCACCAUUCAAAAAAUGUUGGACAUCUAUGAAAAGGUCUUGGGACUCAAGUUUGUCAAGGUGCCUGCUGAUAAGGCUGUUGUAUGGCACCCUGAUGUCCAGCUUUUUGAAUGUUGGGAUGCUGCUGAGGACAAGAGCUUUUCUGGUUUCAUGUACCUUGAUCUGUUCCCUCGUGAAAACAAGUAUCCCCAUGCCGCUUGUUUUCCUCUUCAGCCUUCUUAUAUAGCCCAAGAUGGUGAGCGCGUUGCUCCCAUUGCUGCCAUGGUUGCCAAUUUCACCAAGCCAACCGCUGAUAAACCUUCUUUGCUAAAGCACGAUGAAGUUGUUACAUUAUUCCAUGAAUUGGGCCAUGUGAUGCAUCAUUUGUGUUCUCGCACAAAGUACGCUCGAUUCCAUGGUACCUCUGUCGAAGGUGAUUUCGUAGAAGCCCCAUCUCAAAUGCUUGAAAACUGGUGCUACGAUCCCAAGUCCCUCAAAUAUCUCACGUCCCACUUCAAGACUAGCGAGCCUAUUUCUGACGAGAUCAUUGACCGCAUUGUAAAGGCCAAGAAUGUCGACGCCGCUAUGCUCAACUUACGCCAACUGUUCUUUGGUAUCUAUGAUAUGGCCAUUCACACUUCUGACGAUGAGAAUCUCGAUACGACAAAGGUGUACAACGAUCUCCGUGAGAAGAUAUCCUUGAUUGCUGCUCCUAAAGGUAGUUUCGGUCAAGCUGCCUUUGGCCAUUUGAUGGGUGGUUAUGAUGCUGGUUAUUAUGGCUACAUGUGGUCCAAGGUAUUCUCUAGUGAUAUGUUCUUUAGCAAGUUCGAAAAGGAUACACUCUCCCCUGAGGUUGGCUUUUCAUACAGAAAGAAUAUUCUUGAAAAAGGCAGUAGCAAGGAUGGCAUGGAUCUUUUGAAGGCCUUCCUUGGCAGAGAACCCUCUUCAGAUGCCUUUAUGAGAGAAGAUAUUGGUAUUAGCAACUAA